AUGGAUGAGAUCACUUCACAGGAGAAGAACAUAGAAAACCUGAAGAAAGCCAUUGCCAAUAAGGAAGGUCCAAUCAAAGUGGCUCAGACCCGCCUGCAGACAAGAACAUUGAGGCCUAAUGUAGAGCUCUGUCGAGACCCUGUCCAGUACAGACUCAUCAGUGAGGUUGGAGAGAUUUCCACAAAUGUUGAAAGACUACGUGAAACUCUGAGCCAAGCAGAAGCUGAGUUAAAAGGCCUGAUCCGUAACCAGCUAUCUUUAGAAGAAGAAAUUCAGGUUAAAGAAAAUACCCUGUACAUUGAUGAAGUCAUAUGUAUGCAGAUGAGAGAAGCAAUAUCAAUCAACAAUUUCUAA